CAUCGCAAAAUUUACCACCUGCGCGUCACUCACUUCCAUUGCAGGAACGUAUCGAGUGUGUGAGACAUAUCCAAGUGUCCAGCGAUCUUGUCAGAUCGAUGGGAACUCUUUGCUCGUAAUUUCUCAACGCUUGCACGUUGUCCUGAUCUCUUCGCCUCGCUUUUCAGCCUCAUCAUUCACCAACAUUCAGAUUUCCAUUCCAGCGCGAGCCUGAUCCGGCAGCUCUUUCACGAUGCAGGCUUCAAAUUACCAAUAUCCCGACCCGCCCGAAUAUUCUUUGCCUGAUCACACCUCCCUUGCUUCGCAGCAACGGCCAGCCGCCCCAGAGUACUCGUGGCCCAGUCCCCCACCCCUCCGUCCCCACUCCUCUCCUCACCAGCAAUAUCCAACUCCUGAUCAACAAACACUCGCUUCGCGAACAAACGCAGACUACUCAUUUCGAGAGCAACCAUCCUUCGAUCCACGAUCUGCGAACCAGAAUCAGCACUUCCAUAACGAGCAAUCUUUCGCACCCAGCCCGCCUGCUCGCGAUAACUCGAACCCCAUUCAGCAGACCUUAGGCCCUCGACCUACAAGCCUGCCGCAAUACACGUUGCCAAAUGAGCAGCCAGUAACACCAGUUCGAUCUGCUGCUUCAGAUCUUCUCUCUAAAUUCCUCCCAGGAGUAAGCACAGUACAUAAAAUGGACCAGAUGAAUCGAAGUCCACACAAAGCUGCCAAGAUCCAACCGACAUACAUCGAACCUGCACCGACCUAUCCUUCCUUCGACCCUGCUCCUAGGCAACAAGUUCCAGAAUAUAUCGACUUGGUUGACGAUGAAAAUGGUACUAUCACAAUCAGCCAAGGAAAUCCCGCCAGCCAGGAAGAUGAAGCAGAGAUAGAGUAUGCGCCGGUCAGGAGCUCACGUCUUCGAGCCCGAAAGCCGAAUAUGUCCUUGAAGGCGUUAGAAAACUCCGAGAAUGCCACUCCUCAGAGAUCACGUCCAAAGAAGGGCAACCCUCUUAGCGAUCUAGCAGACGUGAACCUCACACCUGUUGUCAGCAAGAGAGGUCAGAUCAGACAGGAGAUCGCGAACAAAACAGCCACCUAUCGCAAUCAGUUUUUCGUAGAGAAGAAGGAUCUUUUCCUGCCUCUUCUGCCGACUGAGCACAACUACGUCAAGAAGUUGGUCGAAAAGCAUGACGAGAUGACCGGUGAGGAACUCGCGCAGCUACCUAAAAUCACCCCGUACAAGGAAAUCGAAACACAACCUCGAGGAAUUACUGCUACCAUGAAGCCAUACCAACUAUCGGGUCUGUCAUUUAUGAUGUAUCUCCACCACAAUGGUUUGUCUGGCAUUCUAGGCGAUGAGAUGGGACUUGGCAAAACUUUGCAGACGAUAUCACUUAUACAAUAUCUCAAAGAGAACGAUCCGAAGGCUGGAACUGGCAGAUUGCAACGCCCUUUCCUAGUAGUGUGCCCUCUGUCUGUUUUGAGCAGUUGGAUGUCUGAGGUCAAGAAGUGGGCUCCGGGCUUAAAGGCAAUUCGAUUCCAUGGGCCUGUUGGAGAACGUCAACGCCUGAAGAAGAUUGUUGUAGGUGAGAUUGAUAUGUAUGGGAACUUGACGGCACAAGCCAAGCAAAAGAUGAAAGGCCGAAAAAAUGUUGGUAAGAUCAUAUCUCUGGACACAGAUUCCGAAGAUGAAGAUGAUGUUGGGGUCGACCUUGUUGUCACGACAUAUGACUGCUUCAAGGCUGAACAAUCCUGGUUCAAGACUGCCUUUGUUUGGAGAUAUGUUGUCCUUGACGAGGGUCAUACAGUCAAGAAUCAUGCAAGUCUUACCUCAAAGGCUCUGCAUGGCAUCAAGGCUGAAUAUCGCUUAAUCCUCACUGGCACACCACUUCAAAACAACCUUUCUGAGCUAUGGUCGCUCCUGCAUUGGCUUUUCCCUGAAGUUUUCAUCGACAAGACCAAUCAUUUGUUCGACACGUCUUUCAACUUGUCUAAGGGACAGUACUCGAAUACGGUCCUGGAUGACUCCCGACGGCUUUUGGAACUGAUUAUGCUUCGGCGCAUGAAGUCCUCCCCUGGAGUUGAUCUCAAUUUACCACCAAAGACAGAAGUUCUUCUAUUCGUACCCUUGUCCCCAAUGCAGCGUUUUUGGUACACCAGAAUGAUCACGAAAGCUGACCAAGGUCUUCUUGACGAAUUAUUCAAAGGUGCUAAGACCAAGGAGGAAGAGAACAUGCACACAUUGAAGCUGGCUGAAGAAGGUGAGGCUGAGAUCAUGAAGAUCGAGUCAGAGGCCUUAGCUGUCCUCGAGAAUGAUUCACUCAUUGGUAGUGAUGCAUGGAAAGAGACCAAGGCUAUCUUAGAACAGACUGUUCAACGUGAGCAGAUGGAGAAUCAAGAUGAAGGCAAGAAAUCAGACUGGCAGAAACUCAUGAACUUGCUCAUGCAGCUGAGAAAGGUGUGUAACCACCCGUAUCAGAUUCAAAACGCCGAGCCAGACCCAUACGAGACUGGAGACCACGUCAUUACCGCCUCUGGAAAGUUCAUCGUUCUGGAGAAGCUUGUCAACGAACUCGUCGUCAAGCAGAGGAAGAAGAUCCUCAUAUUCUCCGGCUUCACUAAGAUGUUAGAUCUCGUCGAAGAAAUGCUUAUGUUGCGAGGAGGCGAUGGGUCCAGCUUCAGAUCUAUGAGGAUUGAUGGCGCAACUGCUCGAGCUCGUCGAAACCUGGGAAUUCGUCAAUUCAACAACCUGGACAGUGAUUAUAGAGUCAUGUUGAUCUCCACUAGAGCCGGAGGACUUGGUAUCAAUCUUGCAACCGCUUCCGACGUUGUUCUUCUCGAUCAAGACUGGAAUCCUCAGAUUACCCUUCAAGCUGAAGCAAGAGCGCACCGCAUAGGCCAGAAGAAUCCAGUUACGAUUUACAAGCUCGUUUCUCAAGGCACUGUCGAAGAGCAGAUGAUGGGUAGAAUCCAAAAGAAGCUGUACCUUUCUGCAAAGGUAACCGAAGCCAUGCAGGAUAUUCACACCAAGUUUGGCACAGGCAAGAAAUCGAAGAGAGGCCCUGCUAAGGACGAUGACAAUAUGCCCCAGCUGAACACUAAUCAAUUGAUGACCCUUGUUCGACGUGGAGCUUCUGCUAUCUCUCGACCUGAGGUUGAUGUCAAUGAGAUGCUCUCUUGGGAUUGGGAGACGACUGUUGCUAAAUGUAAAGACCAACCAGCUGAUUUCAACGUCAAGAAGGAUGCAAUUCCGGAUGCUAAGGUCGACGAAGAAGCAGAGCGUAAAUGGCUCUCUGAGAUGGAACGCGUUGAAUCGUCAGUCUUUGAUGGCAAGAAAUUGUCUAAGAAUAACAAAAACAAGAGUCACAAAGAAAUCGCUCAAGAAUUCUUCAAUAAGGAGGAUCGACGCAUUGGCAAGAACACAACUGUCAUGGUUGAUGGCUUUGCCGUUUCCAAGGAGUCAAUGAACUGCGCUUGGGGCGAAGCAAUUCCUACCAUGGCCGGCAAGGACCCUCGUCUCGCGGAGCCAAAGCGCGCAAAGAAGGCUGCGGUCGUACCCCAGGAACACUGUCAAAUAUGCAUUGAUGGUGGCGAAUUACACUGCUGUCAGUUGUGCCCUCGCGCGUACCACUUCGAAUGUCUGGAUAAGGAGUACCAGGUCAAGGCCAAAGGCUGGCAAUUCAACUGCCCCCAACAUCAAUGCUUUGACUGUCACCAAGGCACCUCAGAUGCAGGUGGCAUGCUCUACAGAUGUCGUUGGUGUGAGCGUGCCUUCUGCGAGGACUGUCUCGAUUUCGAGGAGACCGCCCUCAUUGGCGACACCCUCAUGGAGUAUGAGUUGCUCGGCUACCCUGCUCAGACCCAGGCCUAUUACAUCCAGUGCCCGCCUUGCACGAACCAUUUCAAGGAGAAUCCGAAUGACGUUGAUGUGAUCAAUACUCUGGCUGAAGGCAUUCAGUCACACUACGAGCACCAGUUCGGAUAUCUUACUCAAGAGCGCGAGAUGAGUACUCGAGCGGGCUCUAUGACUGACGCUACUACUAUCGAGACGAAUGGUGUUAAUACUCCUUUGGUCAUCGAUGAUGAUUAUGACACAAAAAGCUCAUCGAAGAAACGCAAGAUCAAACUCAAGAUCAAGGAUCUCAAGCCUGCAAAGAAGGAACGACUAGGCGUCUAG